AUGGCUUCCUCCAACAGACGACAUUGGCCAAGCAUGUUCAAGUCCAAGCCUAGCGACCCUCACCACCAAUGGCAGCAUGACAUCAACUCGUCUUUCAUGUCCACCGGUUGCCAAAUAAGUCCUUACUCUCAAGGUGCAGGAGGUGAAGAAAGAAGUCCAGUACCAAAGCCAAGAUGGAACCCAAAACCUGAGCAAAUUAGGAUUCUUGAAGCCAUAUUUAACUCUGGGAUGGUGAACCCACCAAGGGAUGAGAUAAGGAAGAUCCGGUUACAGUUACAAGAGUAUGGCAAUGUGGGUGAUGCCAAUGUCUUCUACUGGUUCCAGAACCGUAAAUCAAGGAGCAAGCAAAAGCUUCGCCACCUCCACAACUCAAAGAACAAUAACCCAGAAGAACCCCAACAAAAACCUGCUUCUUCUUCUUCUUCUUCUCUCUCUCAAAUCAAAGCACCUUCAUCCUCAUCCUCUUCCUCUGAGAAAUCCUCUCCAAAAGAAAUAACACCCUCCAAGGGAUUUUCCAUUGGAUUAUCAAACUUCAAUGAUGGGAUGCCUCAUUCUCCCACCCCUUCAGUGAACCAGGCUUAUUUUCAGACCCACAAUGACAAAACCAAUUUGCUACCACCACCAACUGUGUCUUUCUCCUUCCCUGUGCACAAUAAUGGCCAUGGAGUUGUUGUGGCUAAUAAUAAUGCCAUAACAACACAAGGGCUUUGCUUCUCUCAGUCCUCCAGUAGUAUCAUUCAAACUCAACCUCAACCUCAACCUCAAGUUCAACAAAAUGUUGCUCCUUGUACUAGUGUGUUGCUUAGUGAGAUCACUAACCAUGGAACCUCCUCAAAGAAAGACCAAGAUCAAGACAAGACCUUGAAGAUAAUGCACCGACAUCCACAACUCACUUUUUCUCUCACUUCAACUGUUGUUCCUCCCAUUACUGUUCCAUCCGACAUUACUCAUCUUCAAGAGGUGAUUCGGUGUGUGUCAGGUGUUGGUGAGGAGGCAGCUGGUACGACGAAAUCUACAGUGUUGAUAAACAACGUCGCAUUCGAGGUUGCGGUGGGACCCUUCAACGUGCGUGAGGCCUUUGGGGAUGACGCUGUUCUCAUCCACUCCUCCGGCCAACCUGUCCUCACCGACGAGUGGGGCGUCACCCUUCACUCACUCCAGCAUGGCGCAUGUUAUUAUCUGAUUUAA